GUUUAACACCACUUGCUGGCAUCCAUGGGCCUCCGAGUACGCCCCUCCUAAUCGUGCUUUCAAGAGCCUUUGUAUAUUGUUCUCGCACUGGCAUACUGAAGUGGAGACAUGUCGCUUGAGGCUGACAGCGUGUCUGCGGGACAGCAUAAGAAACACCUGCGGGGCUGGCUCACAUACGCGUUCGCCAGUGAGGUGUUCGUAAUUGUAUCACUGACCCUCUUCCUCCCGAUCUGCCUCGAACAAUUUGCGCGUGAUAAUGGGUAUAUUCUGCCUGACAAGCUGACGAGGUGCUCGUCCAAGGCGUCAAAUGCGACAGACACGGACUCUAGAGAGAGAUGUGCAGUGAAGCUGGGGUGGGCGUGGAUAGAUACCGCAAGCUUCAGUCUUUACGUCUACUCAAUAUCGGUCUUCCUACAAGCUAUAACAGUUAUAUCUAUCGGCUCGAUAGCUAAUCAUCCGACCCGCAGAAAGACGCUUCUUCUGGGCUUCGCUCUCGGCGGCUCACUUGCUGCUGCACUUUUCCUUGUCCUCCCAUCCACAUCUCCCGUGUGGUGGGCCUCCGCCCUACUCUCCAUCAUCGCAAACGUAGGUUUUGGCGCCUCAGUAGUGGCAAUGAACGCCUACCUUCCGAGCCUCGCCAAGGGCGAGCCCGAGGUGUGCGAGUCGUUCGCCACGAUGCAGGAGUUGCCCACGUCCAGCCUCGCCGCGGUCGUGACGGACCCUGAGGCGCUGGAGUCGUACCCAUCUGAAGGUGAGGAAGGGUCGGAGCCGCUCUUCCAAUCCGAUGUGGUUCAAGCCAAACAUGAAUAUGACGCUUUGCUGUCUUCGGCGACCUCCCGUAUCUCGUCGCACGGCAUUGCUACAGGUUAUGCGGCGGGGAUUAUCGUGCUCAUCCUUACCCUGGUUCCGGUAACGAAGCUGGGCGGGUCGACGUGGGCACUCAGGCUCGCUAUUGGCGCGAGCGGUAUCUGGUGGUUCAUCGGAACAAUAAUUGCAGGGCUCUGGCUUCCGGGCGGCGAAGCCGAAGAGGAAGGGGCGGUACGAUUAGCUACCGACCUCGAUGGGGAGGAAUUUGUCAGUGUAGAUACUACAGCCAAGGGGGCGGUCGUGUGGACUGAGAUCAUUGACGCGUGGAAGAGGCUGGGCAGAAUGCUCAGCUGGCGGGAAGUGAAGAGGUUAAGAAAUACUUUCCGAUACCUCGUGGCGUGGUUCUUGCUCUCAGAUGGCUUCUCAACCAUCACCUCCACCGCGAUCCUCUUUGGCAAGACUACUCUCCACAUGCCCGCGUCCUCCCUGAUCCUCAUCGGUAUCAUUACGCCCUUCUCGGGCAUCCUCGGUUCUUUGGUUGUCCCAGUUUUGCAACGGCGCUAUCAUUUCACCAAUCUGCGUAUACUUGUUACUCUGGUUGUGAUAGCGUCCGCUAUCCCUGCUUAUGGGUGCCUCGGAUUUUUGCCAGUGUUCAGGGAUGGGAAUGUCAAGUUCGGGGGUUUGACGACACCGGGAGAGAUGUUCGGGCUGGCUGUGUAUUUUGGUUCGGUUUAUGGGUCCUUUCAAAGUUACGCGAGGGCCUUCUAUGCAGAGUUGAUACCGCCUGGGGAGGAAGCUAGAUGGUACGGCCUCUUCUCCAUCACAGACAAGUCCAGCUCCUUUGUCGGCCCACUUGUCGUUGGCGUCAUUGCGGACCUCACGGGCAAUAUCCGCUAUGCAUUCUUCUUCCUUGUGUUCAUGAUCUGGGUUGCGGUACCAAUAUUGGUGGGUGUAGACGUAGAGAGAGGCGGGAGGGACGCGAAAGACUAUACGUACAUCGAGCAUCGUGACGGGAGUAUGACAUGA